AUGGUAUCAAUUUCAACUUUUUAUUUUCUGACAUAUUUUAUCAUUUUCAUGUCAAUAGGUUUCAUUGCUUCGCUCUUAAUUUUACCAUUAUUAGGAAUAUCAUUUCUUUUCGCAACAGGUGUCGUUGUAUUUGGAUUUGUCAGUAAUUUAACAUUCAAGAUGGGUCAAUAUAUCUAUUUCAAAACCGAUAGAAAUUUGAAAAAAAUCUUAGAUAGAAUGGCUUUACAAAGUGGUUCCAAAAAUCAAGAUCAACAAAUUGAGCUACAUGACGAUGAAAAUGGACGUUAUACUCAAACCACGUUGAGUGUUCGUGAUGAAAAUGUAAUACAUCAUUAA